AUGUCAUCGCUCGCUGGGUCGGCAUCUUCCCAUGAGUAUAUCCUCCGCGAAGGCUAUACCAAGAUAUUUGAGGCGCAUACUGUCUUGUUGACGGGCAGUACCGGGUCACUCGGAGGAUGCUUGUUAUACAAACUGGCCCUACAGUUGCCCACGCGAAAGAUAUUUGCCCUGAUCCGAGGAGAACCAGCGCAGGCAAUUGAAAAAUGGACUAAGUCAAUGCCCGACCAAGUACGGGCUAUCGUAGCCUCGGGGAAAUUGGAAUUUGUCGUUGGUGAUAUGCGGAAGGCAGACUUUGGCCUCAAGAGUGAGGUGCUCAAGGAUUUGCGUGAGCAGGUCACCCUGGUCAUUCAUACAGCAGCCAAAAUCAGUCUCGAGGCAAGUCUAGUUGAUGCUUUUGAGAACAACUGUCUUCCGGCACUGGAAAUGGCUCGCAUCGCUUCACGCUUCCGUCGGCUAAAACUUCUCAUUCAAAUUUCAACAGCUUAUGCCAACAGCUUCUUGCCCGAUGGGCCUGUGUUAGAACGCCCCUAUACUGCCUCAAAUCACGAUGGAGAUGAUGAUCCCGAGGAAGAGUUGGCAUCGAUCUUGACAUUGAAUCAGUCCCCCAUUUCAAAUCAAUUCUCCUCACCCUACGCGCAGGCCAAAUAUAUUAUGGAAAGACUUCUCCCGCGUCGGUUCCCCUUGCUGCCCAUCUUGUUAGUACGACCGACCAUCUUCGGCCAGGCACUACGAGAUCCGUUUCCUUUGUAUGGACUAGAGAAUUCGACCCCGAUGAACAAGUUCUUCCAGUAUUUCUUGGCCGACCGUGGAGCCACGCAGGUAUGGCAUGCAGCAGCAGGAUACACGACCGGGGCCAAUAUCAUCGAUGAGAUCCCAGUGGAUUUUGUCGCCAACGCAUGUCUGAUACAUGCCGCUGUGCGUACAACAGGUAUCGUACAGGUAGGGGCACAGCUGUAUGAGCACUUUACUUUUGACGCAUUCUUGGAGAUGGCCGUCGACAACGCGCCGCCUGCUAUUCGCCGCGAUCUUCCUCGGGUGGUCUUUACCGAGGACUUAUUGGCACCACAGUGCUUCCUGGCGGAGUUGGUGCAGGUAGCUUCACGGAACUGGCUGUUUGAUUGUGGCCGGUCUUACUGGUUGAAGCAGCUCAGAGGUCCGUUGAGUCUUCAGCAAUGUAAGCCACAGGUGGACGAGGUCAAUCGCCGGCGUCUGCAGCAGAUUUAUAGUCGGCUAAUGGAAAAGGAAAAGGCACGACUGUAG